GUGUUGCAAGUGCCGUAAAACUCUUACUGAAAACUGAAACUACUAAAAAUCAUAACUCAUUUAUUGAGGUGUUCUACUAUUUGUUCUGUAUCUAUUUCCUAAAUUAUUAAUCUAUUUCAAUCUGUUCAUCUAUUUUUUUUUAUCUUCCAACAUAGGUCUGGUUGGUGUCCUCGCUCGCUAUGUGGGACCCAUCACCAUCGUCCCAACUGUCGCACUCUUCGGCAUCUUUAUCCAGUCCGUUGUGGUCAGCUUCGCCGAAACCUACUGGCCGGUUGCUAUAGUGACCAGCGGAACGUGCAUCAUCCUAGGUCUGUAUCUAAGCAACCGCAUGACGCCCAUCCCUAUGUGGACGCCGAAGAAAGGCUUCCACGUGGUACGUCAGCCCGUUCAGCAGAUCUUCGCGCUGCUCAUCAGCAUCGUCGUGGGCUGUCUCCUGAGCUACAUCCUGACAGAGUGCGGAGUUCUGACGGACGACAAAGACAGCAAACAGUACAACGCCCGGACGGACGCGCGAAUCGACACGCUCCACAAGACGGCAUGGUUCAUCUUCCCCUACCCUGGCCAGUUCGGAGUUCCCUCGUUCCACCUCGGCGCUCUCAUCACCUUCCUUGUCGCCACAAUCCUAUCGGUGCUGGAUUCGAUUGGAGACUAUAACGCUACUGCCAAAGUAGCUUUUGCCCCGCCCCCUCCUCUAUACGCCAUCAACAGGGGCGUGGCCGUAGAGGGUGCUAUGAGCAUCUUAAGCGGAGGUAUGGGCUGUGCACAUGCCACGGUGUCCUAUGGCGAAAACAUUGGAGCGAUAGGACUGAGUAAAGUCGCCAGUCGGAGCGUUUUUCAGGUUGUGGGGAUCUUUUACGUCGUUCUCUCAAUUCUCGGGAAAGUUGGGGCGUUUUUCAUCUCAAUCCCUUACUCUGUCAUAGGAGGCUCGCAGUUCAUCACCUUCGGGAUGUUGAUCGGUGUGGUGCUGUCUUACCUUCAGAGCAUUGACCUCAACUCCACCAGAAACCUCAGCAUCUUAGGUAUGUCUCUUCUUUUGGGCAUCAUGGGGCCGAAUUACAUCGUGAAAAGCCCUGACGCCAUCGAUACCGGGAACACAGAUGUUGAUAACGUCAUUAAACUCUUAAUCUCCAACCCGUCCUUUAUAGGAGGAGCCUUUGCUUUCAUCCUUGACAACACGGUGCCCGGGACGAAUAAGGAGAGAGGCAUCACGGCCCAGAUGGGGGAACUAGAAGCCGCUGACCACCAGGGAACUGACCGCGCUACGGCGGAGCCUCUGAAACAGGCGAGAGAGGACGCCGCAGUCCCGAAGUUCGAGAAUGGGCCAGAAGUUUACAGGUUGCCGUUUCUGCCAGACAGUUUCCGAAAAAGCAUAUUAGCACGAUACAUACCUCUGUUCUCAACUAAGGUAAAUCAGUGACUCUCAAAAGACAUGCCGUAGAUAAUUGGGAGAUGUGUAGACAGAGAGUAAAACAAGUUAUAGCAAGACAAAAUAAUGUUUGAAGUUGGGUAAAAGAACUUGCUCGCCUUAGUGAACUUUGAAGAAAGUUGUGCGGUCAUGUUUGUGACUUUAUGUGUGAUUGUGUGUGCGUGUGAUAGUGAGUAUAUAUGUGUGUGUUUGUUUG